GAAGACACAAGAUAUUCUACCCUAAGGAUAAACAGCUUAACUGAAUUCUUAUCUGUUUCAUAUCAGAAUGACAAUUGGAAAUAUCUCCGUUAUCGUGGCAAUAUUGACAACUCUAUUACUCAACACUUGCAAAUCUGUGAGGGAAAAUUAAUUUAAAAACACCAUUACACGGCGAAGUGAUCUGGCCAAUCUCACUAUCUUUAACUUCACUGAUUCUAACACCACUGCGUUUGAAAAUUGGACUGAGAUAUCAGAUGCAACUAUACUUGGAGGGCGAUCUAAGGCUACACUAGUACGACUCAAAGGACAUGUAAAUUUUAUUUAUAUAUAUAAUUCAGCCAACAACAUGUGUAGAAUUACCAAUCAGCAAUUUUCUUCUUUUCUUCUCACUCCACUAAAAAAUGGAUCAAGCUUUGCUGGAGUUGACAGGAUAGUAGCUGAUGAUGUUUUGCCAGCAUAUGACGGUGUAAUAAUUGACCUAUAUAGACAGGGUUCACAUUCCCAUUUCAAAUUGUUCUUCUAUGGAAAACGUCCGGAUAUACCAUAUGAAACGUUUUUCGAGACGACUGGAAAAGGACAAAAAAUAAAAUUACAAUUUGGAAAUUUCACAUCGUGUCUUCGUGGAACACUUCGAUAUAAUUCAGCCCUUUCACAUGUAUCUAAUAUAUCACGUAUCGGUAUAAAAGCACAUGAAUGUAACAAACAAUCUGGUCCGGGUGCCGUCGAAAUAUUCUCUAUUUCAACAUAUAAGGAAAAUCAAAUGCCAGUUUAAAUAAAUCAAGCUCCCAUGAAUUUUAGACUAAAUAACAUAAAGUAAUUGUUUAUGCUAGAACUGAUUUUCAGUUGAAUUAAAUAGCUUUAAUAAUAAAUAUCAUAAAUUUA